CGGCCCGCCCCAGCCGCCUCCGCCCGCCCUGUCAGCGCCACUGCGGCUCCGCGGGUGCGUCACGUGGCUGGCGCCGCGCGGCCUCCAGGCUCCCUGCUCCGGCAAGGGGCCCGGCGGGAGGACAGACGGACUCACGGACGCACUACUGGCGGCACCCGGCCAGGCGGGCUGGGCGCAGCGCUGGGCGGUCCGGGGUCGCCGGUGCCGGACAGGCAGCGCGCUGCGGGGGCAUGGGCGAUCCGGGGGCCCCGGGGCGCAGGCCGGCCUCGGCGCGGCACCCAGGACUUAGGGGCAGCGGCGGGCGAGGGUCCUGCCUGGUGGCCGCCGCUGAGCCCCAGUGGGGCCCGUGACGCCGCGGCCGAUGUGGCCCCGCUCGUUGCGGGCCUGCAUCGCCGCUGCACAAAGACGCCGCCGGAGCCGCCGCCUACACCGCGGCCGCAGCCGUCGCGCAAGCCUCAGCCCGAGCCGGAGCCUGAGCCGGAGGGCAGGAGGCGGCGCCCGCGCGCGGCCGGCCCCGGCAUGGAGAAGCGGGCGGCCACGGGGCCGGAGGGGGCGCCGGGCGCCCGGGCGCAGCUCGCUGUCGUCUGCCUGGUGAACCUCUUUCUCACGGGGAAGCUCAGCAGUGCAGUUCCUGCCCUAGUGCUUCGUGACCCUGCAUUUGGAGCACUUUCUCUGCCAUUCCUAUUGUGAAGGAGACCGGAUCAGGAACCGCUCCCCCAGCCCCUUCUCGGAACUGGCCUGGGCUCAGAUAAUCCUGAGGACCUAGCCAGGCUGCCUGGGAACCUCACAGAUUUUUGUCCCUCAGUCUCUGCCCUGCCCCAGCUGCCUGCAGUGGGAAGCUGGAGCAGCAUACAGAACGGCGCGGCGUCAUCUACAGCCCAGCCUGGCCCCUCAACUACCCCCCAGGCACCAACUGCAGCUGGUACAUCCAGGGUGACCGUGGGGACAUGAUCACCAUCAGUUUCCGCAACUUUGAUGUGGAGGAGUCCCACCAGUGCUCCCUGGACUGGCUCCUGUUGGGCCCAGCGGCCCCGCCUCGCCAAGAGGCCUUCCGGCUCUGCGGCUCUGCCAUCCCGCCCGCCUUCAUCUCUGCCAGGGACCACGUCUGGAUCUUCUUCCACUCAGACGCUUCUAGCUCCGGCCAAGCCCAGGGUUUCCGCCUCUCCUACAUCAGAGGGAAGCUGGGCCAGGUGUCCUGCCAGCCAGAUGAGUUCCGCUGUGACAACGGCAAGUGCCUCCCGGGCCCGUGGCAGUGCAACACCGUGGAUGAGUGUGGCGACGGAUCCGAUGAGGGCAACUGCUCUGCCCCCGCCUCUGAGCCUCCAGGCAGCCUGUGCCCUGGGGGCACCUUUCCCUGCAGCGGGGCCCGGUCCACGCGCUGCCUGCCCGUGGAGCGGCGCUGCGACGGCACACAGGACUGCGGCGAUGGUUCCGAUGAGGCUGGCUGCCCUGACCUGGCGUGCGGCCGGCGGCUGGGCAGCUUCUAUGGCUCCUUUGCCUCCCCAGACCUGUUUGGGGCGGCCCGUGGGCCCUCGGACCUUCACUGCACGUGGCUGGUGGACACGCAGGACCCGCGGCGCGUGCUGCUGCAGCUGGAGCUGCGGCUGGGUUAUGACGACUAUGUGCAGGUGUACGAGGGCCUGGGCGAGCGCGGGGACCGCCUGCUGCAGACGCUUUCCUACCGCAGCAACCACCGGCCCGUGAGCCUCGAGGCUGCGCAGGGCCGCCUCACCGUAGCCUACCACGCCCGCGCCCGCAGCGCUGGCCAUGGCUUCAACGCCACCUACCAGGUGAAGGGCUACUGCCUCCCGUGGGAGCAGCCUUGCGGGAGCAGCAGCGAGGGGGAUGACAGUGGCGUCGGUGACCAGGGUUGCUUCUCAGAGCCACAGCGCUGUGAUGGCUGGUGGCACUGUGCCAGCGGCCGGGAUGAGCAGGGCUGCCCUGCCUGCCCACCCGACCAAUACCCCUGCGAGGGCGGCAGUGGCCUGUGCUAUGCGCCUGCCGACCGCUGCAACAACCAGAAGAGCUGCCCCGAUGGCGCCGACGAGAAGAACUGCUUCUCCUGCCAGCCCGGCACCUUCCACUGCGGGACCAACCUGUGCAUUUUUGAGACAUGGCGCUGUGACGGCCAGGAGGACUGCCAGGACGGCAGCGAUGAGCACGGCUGCCUGGCCGCUGUGCCCCGCAAGGUCAUCACAGCUGCCCUCAUCGGCAGCCUGGUGUGUGGCCUGCUGCUCGUCAUCGCCCUGGGCUGCGCCUUCAAGCUCUACUCGCUGCGCACGCAGGAGUACAGGGCCUUUGAGACCCAGAUGACACGCUUAGAGGCUGAGUUUGUGCGGCGGGAGGCACCCCCCUCCUAUGGUCAGCUCAUUGCACAGGGCCUCAUCCCACCCGUGGAGGAUUUUCCUGUCUACAGUGCAUCCCAGGCCUCGGUGCUACAGAACCUCCGCACAGCCAUGAGGAGACAGAUGCGACGGCAUGCUUCCCGCCGGGGGCCCUCCCGCCGCCGCCUGGGCCGCCUCUGGAACCGACUUUUUCACCGGCCACGGGCACCUCGGGGCCAGAUUCCACUGCUGACCGCUGCACGUACCUCGCAGACGGUGCUGGGCGAUGGGCUCCUCCAGCCUGCACCAGGGGCCGCCCCGGAGCCCCCAGCAUCCCACACGGACACAGGCAGCCCCAGAGCAGCUGGGGAUGCGCCUCCCAGUGCCCCUGGCCAUGCACCAGAGGUGGGAACUUCAGUGCCACCCCCACCCGCGGGCCUGCGAGACCCAGAGUACGGGCCUGUGAACAAGGACAGAAAGGCCUGUAGGGACCCUCUGGCGGAUAACCCGGCCCCUUCGGACACACUUCCUGAGCCUUGCUUGGCCCAGGACCCUUACCCCCCGGCUCCCACUGCCAGCAGCACCCCAGACCCCCACUCACCAGAGCCACUGGAGGUCUGCAGAAGCCCCCCACCACCCUGCUCCCCAACAUUGGAGGCCAGUGACGACGAGGCUUUGCUGGUCUGCUGACCCACAAGACAUGCUGGUGACCGCCAUAGCCCCGCUUUGUAACCAGGGAAUACACAGUCAUUUCUACCCUGCCUCCGCGUCCUUUCUUGCAGAGAAAGAGGCCCACCAGCAGCCCCACUGGAGGGUCUGGGCCCUGAGCCAGCAGCCUGCAUCAACUUGGGUGGGCAUGGCAGGCGGGCCCUGGGGGUUGGGGCGGGGAAAGAGGGUGGAGGGAUGAGCCUAUCUUUGGAGUCCCAGCACACACGAGCACCUUGGGGUCUCACUUCUACCUACUCCCCCACUCCAGUUCCAACCUGGGAAUCCAUUUCCAGAGAGGUAGGGGGGCCAGGGCAGGGCUCUCUGCAGGGUUUUAUGUGACUUCUCACUUAUUCAUUCUGUGGUGGCACCAGCAGCCCCCCAGAGCCGUGCCAGAAGCUAUAGUACUAGGACUGAAAGGGGCCCCGGGGGGUACUGGACUUCACCAGUGGUGAGGGCUCUGUACACACUGAGCCCUCUUCCCAUCCUUCCUAGCAGGGCCCCCAGAGGAGCUGGGCUAGGAGGCUUCCGCGCCUACCCUCAGGCCUGUGAUGGCAUGGGCAUGGCCAGGCUGGUGUCCUUUGCCCUUUGUGAUCUGACUAAGGGGUCAAUCCCCAGGGUAUUGCAGCAGGGCCGGAAAUGUGGGUAUGAGGUUGAGGGCCAUGAGGUCUUUUGCAAGCCCUGAGACUCCCAGGACAUCCUGCUCUGUGCUUUCUCAGGGGACAGAGGCUAAGGCGCCAACUGACAGUAGCCAAAUCCAUUCCAUCCUGUCUCAGGGUCUGUUUCCCCACCUGUAAACCAGGGUGAGGCUGGGCACACUCAAGUCAUGACACUCACUCUGGUGAUUUAUAAGAAGAAAGAUGAUCCUGGCCAGGAAUCCCUGGGCUCUCCUGAGUGGCUAAGCUCAGGUUGGCAAGGAGUGACCUGUGGAAGGGGCAGAUGGAGCUGCUUUCCAUCCUCACCGUCCCUUUGGGGAAGUUGGCUCUGGGCUCACAGAGCCAGCCCUAGGUCAGGCGGCAAGGACCCCCGAUGUUGAGAGGCUCCUCAGUGGCAUAUCCUCCAGCGUCCGCCACGGCAUCUUCCCAACUAGCAACGCGUGCGCCCCCCAGCAAGGUAUGCCACCACCUGCCCCCAUCAGGGUCCACCAGGGACUCCCCUGAGCACAAGCGAACAACCAGCCCUGUUUAUUUGUAGAUCUUUUCAGAAAAAGCUAGCAGGGCAGUGCUAAGAAAGGAAACCCCAUCCACAUUGUCUGGGCUUCCUUACGACAGGCCUCUAAGAGUCAUAUCUCUUCUUUCCAGAAAAAAAAAAGUUUUUGCAAAAACACCUCCUCAAUAAACAACAUGUAAACAG